CGAAUGUGUAGUCGGCAUGGUGGCCCAUCCUGGCUCCAAGCAGUACAACGGCGGUGUGCUGCGUGCGCCCAAAUCGUGCCCCGGCCUCCAGUGUGACCAGCAUCUCGCGGGGUUUGCGGCGCUCUGCAUUGCCACGUUUGCCGCCCUCACCUCGGAGCUACUCGUCUACCCCAUCCACGACCGCCCUCAUCCACCAUCGCCCGAGGAGCUCAGCAUACGGGCGCAGAAGGGGGUCGCCACCCGUCGCGCCCGCUACGGCACUGCCUCGACAUACGCCACCCGUCUCGCCAACCAUGGCCCCGCCCGCAUUCGUGAGCAGCAGCUGCAUAUCCUGCAGGGCUGUAGCGGGUGA